AGAGGGAAGAAGUUUUGAGGAACUAAAAAUGUCAUUAUAUGCAACACUUUGAAGCACACACUGGUCUUUGCUCAUUCUCAUUUCCUCCUCUGCAGUGAGCUGGCUAUAGGUCUCCUGUCUCAGGAAGAAGUCAUGCGAGGGAUUUAUUUCAAAGAAAACUUCUGGAGCACGGAUUUCUUAAGCACUACUGGCUAUGACAUUCUUAUUCAGCAUCUGAACGAUGGCAGGAAGAACUGUAAAGAAUAUGAAGACUUUUUGAAAGAAAGGGCAGCAAUAGAAGAAAAAUAUGGGAAAGACCUAGUUAAUCUAACAAAGAGGAAACCCUGUGGGCAAACUGAAAUAAACACGCUGAAGAGGUCGCUUGAUGUUUUCAAACAACAAAUUGACAAUGUGGGUCAGUGUCACAUUCAGUUGGCCCAGUCUUUACGAGAUGAGGCAAGAAAGAUGGAAGAGUUCAGGGAACGACAGAAACUGGAACGUAAAAAGAUAGAAGCUGCGAUGGAAGCAAUUCAUAAACAGAAACAAGCACAACACAAAAAGACAAUGGAGUCUAAACGAAUGUAUGAGCAGAAGUGCCGGGAGAAAGAAGAGGCUGAAUUAGCUGUGACUCGUCCUAAAAAUGCCUUAAAUCCCAAACAACAAGAAAAGAGUUUUGCUAAAUUGGCCCACUCAAAAAUUGCUGUAGAAGAUUCUGAUAAAACUUACCAGCAAAAUAUUAGUUUACUUGACAAGGUCCGGGAAGAUUGGCAGAAUGAACAUAUCAGCGCAUGUGUGCUUUUUGAAAAUCAUGAAUGGGAAAGAAUAAACUACUUCCGUAAUGCGGUGUGGGUACAUAUGAAUCAGCUCACUCAGCAGUGUGUAACCAGUGAUGUGAUGUAUGAAGAAGUACGGAAAUCUCUAGAAGCUUGUAACAUUGAAAAAGACAUUGAGAAUUACACAGAAAGACAUAAAACAGGAGAAAUCCCACCAGCACCGAUUCCAUAUGAAAAUUUUUACAAUCCUCAGAUGACCCCACCUGUGAGGAACCAUAUUGCACAUGGAAUAAGACGGGCCCCGAUACCAGCUCCAGUGGAAGGUGAUUACGCUACGGUUGGUGAUUACAAUGUAUACCAGUAGCAAACAACAUGAUCACAAGUCGAUACUAUGGAACUCUAUCCAUGUCACUAUCAUGAACACAGAGACCUUGUUUUGUAAAUUGAAUAUUGGAGCUGUUUUACAAACCAAGCUAAACUCAAAACAACCGUGUUCUUAAAAUGAACUGUGUUAUUUAAUGACUAUUUCUGCCACAGCUAUUUACACUGGAUGCAAAUCCUCAUGAACUAUGUAUUAACCUGGAAUUAGCAAAACAGCCACUUGUUCGAACAUACAGCACACACUGAGAAUUGAAAUAAAAUAAGAUCUAUUUAAGCACUAUUUGGAUUUUCCUACAUACAAAUUUCCACAAGUGCCUGUAUAUAAUGUACUUUUUUGGUUAUUAAUUAUUAUGAUUAUAUGUAAUCUGUGUAUUUCUGACAGGUUGCAACAAUGAUAUUUAAAACUGUAAAAAAUAUUUUGUGUCUAGAUGUUGUAAUAAUGUUUUUAAGAAAUAAACAUAGGAUAUUUUAAAAUAAUUUUUAAUCAUCUUUAAUUUUUAUUGUAAUCACGUUAUUUUAAAUAAAGCUACUGACUAAUAUAUCACCAAUUUGGUGCAGUGGUGAGGGAUGACCCUGUAAAAGUUUUUUCCGUUUUAUCUAUGGGUUCGAACCCAGGCAGAAAUUUUAUAAUUUUAGAGUUAUAUUUUAUAUUAUAGUAAGACCAUUUUUAAAUUAUGUUAAAUAUGUUAAAAAUAUUCUGUAUGUUUUAAAAAAAUUGAGGUGUUAGGAAUUUGAUAUAUACUAACAGCAGUUAAGAAGCAGCGGUCUUAAGGCAUAUACGUAUACGAUCUGCUUAUGCAAUGCUAAAUGUUGAUAGCGUAUGCUAUCGGCUUGACCCGUAUGACUCAUAGUGACAAAAGAAAUGGUUGAACCAAUCAUCUUACAUUUGGACAUUUAAAAACUGGAGAAUAAUGAAGAUACUUCAUCCUUGAGAAAUGCGACUUACAUGUGGCGAAACGAUUGUCGGAUAUUUGCUUGGACUAUGGAUACAAUUUCACUAUAAGCGGCGGAUUUGAGUAAGCAACACAGUUUAACCUGAUUCUCCUACCGGAUUGCACGGUGUCUGAGGCUCUCUUCUCAGAGGUUGUUUUACAUAUAUGCCGAAUCCUGUGAAUUUCUGUCUGUAAUUUGUUCACCUAUAUUUUUAAUAAAUAUUUUAUAUAUUA